AUGAAGAGUCGCAGUACCUCACUGGUACUGCAGCAUCCCUCAUCGGGUACCACCACGUUACAACGUCUCAAGGCUAAGGCUGCAGGUGGUAGCGUUAAACGCAGUCGUACAGGCAACGCAGCGGCUGGGACCACAGUAACAGCGAAUAACAAUAGUGGUGGUGGUGGUGGUGGAGGAGGUAGUGGUCGUGGUGCGGGCGGCCGUAAAUUUACAACAGCCGGUGUACAACAAUUGCAACGAAGUGGCGGCGGAGCUGGUCAGUGGGCAGCAGCGGCGGCGGCGACGACGACGACGAGUGGUGCAAGUGGUGGAGGUGCAGUUGCCGGACACGCAUUUGCGUCAACGACAAACGAAACCAUUACACAGGCAGAUAGAGAAGCAACAUAUUUGCAUGGUUUUCAAUCGCCAAACUAUCAAACAACAACAACAGCAGCAGCAAACUCGAUAUCCACAAAAACUUCAUAUCAACAACAACAGCAAAAUCAGUCCAAUUAUAAUUACCAGAACAACAACAAGUGCAAUCCCUCACACUAA